ACCACCACAUCACCACGAGCGCGCCUCCCCUCGCACUCUCCUCCCUCUCCCCUCCCACUCUUUCCCGUGGUUUCAACGCGCGCUCCACGGGAGUAGUGAAGCAGAUGAAGCUGGCGCUGGACUUUCAGAACACUUCGUUCAUUCCUCGCCGCCGCCGCUGCUGGGUUAAGCUCGUGUAUUUUUAUCCUGCGUGAGUUACAUCAGAGUGGAAGCGGACCCGUGGAUGUACGAACGGCACUGGCGUUUGUCGGUUUACGGAGAGGUAUUUGUGGUAGUCGUAGAGUGCGCCGUGCGAGCGACCGCAUCGGUUUUACGCACAGCAUCUGUCCGUCGUGAUGCCUCCCCUGCCUUCCUCCGCGCUCUCAAAGUGAGUGGGACUCGGCGUGCGGAUUGCACUGCCUCGCCUGAGCGGUCGGCAACGAGCAACGCAGAGAGAUCGCGACGGGGGGAGGCCGAGGAGGCUCGCGGACGCCGCCUUGACGGACGAUGACGGUGGCAGAGAGGAGGCGAAGUGCAGCCACCGCAUCCACUUCCCGCUCGUUGGCCCAUUGAUGCUGUCGCUGGCUAUGUGGUGCGCCGUGGCGGAGUCCUUUUGAAAGGCAGUAUCUGUUGAUGUAUCGCACGCUUUUAUACGCCGACCGCUUUGAAGUGUGUUCAUAAAUAGCGCAUGACAAAAAAAAAAAUCCCACCCCCCUUCCCCCGCUGCCCACCCCAUGAAGAUAGAACACAGUAGUGUCAACGUUAAGAAUACCGACUCGAGAGAGCAGAGUGGUAUUUGAUGGCGCAAAGCGAGUGCAGCUGCUUGGCCACUCCACCAGUGCCCCUGUCGUCGAUGAUCGCGACUUUGUGAUCUCGUGGAAGACGCGACGGAAGAAGGGGAGCGACGCGGUGGUGGUGGUGGCAUGCAGAGCGGACAUGUGACUGCUGCUGUGGCUGGGGAUCGUGCGAUGCUCUGACGAUGCGGGCUGCCACCCGCUGUGCCGCACGCGUGCAACAACAGUGACGACGACGAGGGGCACCACCGCUCUCACCGAAUCGAGAGAGCCGCGGUGAAGGUGUUGAAGUGACACUGCCCACGACGCGCGAGCACGCGAUGGGACGCAGUGUCCGCGAUGACUCCUCGAGGCAAUUUGCUUCUCGAAGAUCCUCGUACUAAAUGCGCUACAAGUGGAACCCAAUUCUUGACACCCCCUUCCUCCCGCUCUUCCCCCUUCCCAAACCCACACGCACACGAGAGCUAGAGUCAACGGUUGCUGCUAUGCACGGCACGCGGGUGUAGAAUGGUAGCAGAAGCAGCGGUAGUAGCGGCAGUAGCAGCAGCAGGAACCUCCCCACCUUCAGCAUGGACAGCGAAGCGAACAGCAGCGAAGGGCGCAACGGCCGAAAGGUUUCCACUGCCUCGAGCCAUUCCAGCGAGGGCGGAUCUCCCGAUCGAGUUGAGGGCGGCGGCUGGGCAGGAGGAGGUGGAGGUGGUGGUUUUGGAGGCGGCUGUCCGUUCAGCCGCUUUGGGAGGCUGCAGGCCGGUCCACCUGUGGCUCCCGGGGCCACGUCUCCCGGACCCCGCUCCGCCGCGCGCAGGCCAGUCAAUUUGGACGUGCUGGGAGAAUGCAUUCGCAAGAUGGUGUGUCCCACGGCGGACACUUUGAGGGAAGCAUUGGAAAGGACGCUGCAGUGCUACGCAGAGAGUCGCCGAGAUUGCUCCGCAGGACGCAAUAACUGCGCGGGCGCCGGAGACCGGCCCACGUGGCUUCACGGUGGAUUUUCAGAACUCGAGGGCCAAGAGGGCCUCCUUCCGACUCUCCAGUCACUCGCCUCGUUUCUGAGCGUGAGUUCCGAGGGCUUCCAGGAGAAGUUUGGUGAGGAGCUGUUUGGGAUUUGCUUCGAGGAGAACGAGCGGAUCCUGCGUGCGGUGGGCACCACGCUGCAGGACUUCCUCAACAGCCUCGACGCGCUGCUGGGCCAAGGCCACGUGAGGCCCGACGGCGGCUCCACGACCUCCGAGGGCCCCUCGCCGGCCUCCGACGCGACCCCCGUUCCCUACUUCUGCUGCACGGAGCUCGCUCCCCACGACCCCGGCGGAGGCGACGCCGCCGCCGCCGCCGCCGCCGCCGCCGCCGGGCCCUCGGACUCGGGCCUGCUGCUGCACUGCUUCCAGCCCAACGCCGUCGUGUCCGUGGCGCUGCCAGGGCUGCUGCGGGCGUCGAGCGCGCGCCUCUACGGCGCGGACGUCUCCGUGGAGCGGCUGGAGCGCGCCGAGUGCGAGCGGCGCCGCUGCUUCUGCCGCGACGGCGGCGCCGGCGGCUCCACGGGGGACGACCGCGUUGCGGCCUUCGCCAUCCGGAGCGCCGACGGGCGCCCGACGCGGGGCCUGCGCUCGUGCCGUCCGGCCGUGUCGAGGUCGCCCGGCGACCUUCGCGUCGACCUGGCGACGUUCUGCAAGGUGUUCCCCUUCCACGUGAUGCUCGACCGCGGGCUGCGUCUCCUGCAGACGGGCGACGGCGUGCGGAGGCUGCUGCGCGACGCCCAGCCCGGCGCGCUCUUCCACGACUGCUUCCGCGUGCUGUCCCCGCCGGCGAUGCGCGGCUGCUCCUUCGCCGGGGUCCUCCGCCGCCUCAACACCCCCUUCGUGGUGCGCACGCGGGGCGACGGGGCCGACGCCAAGGUGAUGGAGCUCAAGGGGCAGAUGGUGUUCGUGGCCGAGUCGGACGCACUGCUCUUCCUGGGCUCCCCGUGCGUCGACAAGCUGGAGGAGCUGGUGGGCCGAGGCCUGCACCUGUCCGACAUCCCUGUGCACGACGCGACGCGCGACGUCGUGCUCGUCGGGAAGCAGGCGCAGGCCCAGGACGGCCUCCGCAAGCGUCUCGACAAGCUCAAGGAAACCCUGGAGCAGACGCGACGCGCGCUCGAGGAGGAAAAGAAGCGCACGGUGGAUCUGCUCGACUCCAUCUUCCCGGGCGACGUGGCGCGCUGCCUCUGGCAGGGCCUCGCCAUGCCCGCGCGCAAGUUCGACGACGUCACGGUGCUCUUCUCUGACAUCGUAGGCUUCACGGCCAUCUGCGCGCAGUGCACGCCCCUGCAGGUCAUCGGCAUGCUCAACGCGCUCUACACCAGGUUCGACCACCAGUGCGGGUUGCUCGACAUUUACAAGGUGGAUCGAUGGCAUACCGCGAGCCAGCGGACACUGGCUAAUGGACCCAAUGGCUGUCCCAUCAGCGCUAAAUAAUUAGCAAUUAGCGGGAGCAAUACGCACGCCGCUUUGUGAUGUCGCAGCAAUGAAUAGGCCGCGGCGACGCAUUCCGGCCUCCAUCAUCAACCGCGCGUUGCGACUCUCUGCCCGCGUAGGCCAGCACUAUAACGCGGCUCUGACACAAAUUCUUGUGCUUCUACAUAUUUUUUUAAUCACUGAAUAGUACGCGUAAUUGCGUGUUCUACGAGCGUUAAAGGAACGUAUACGUAACGUGAAUAAAAUGCUAAGGAAUUGUACGGUUUUUGUUUUAAGAUGCAUCUCAAGGUGGCUGUUGUCCGUGGUUGUCACCGGACAGUGUGAAGCCAGCCCAUCAUGUCUUCAGGGUUGUUAAAUACACUCAAUUGCAAUGCUUGGUAGAAGGUCAACACUAAUCUUUUCCACAUGAAUGUGGAAUUUCCACUCAAAUUAGGCCGUAAUAUUCUAACACUGGGGGGUGCAUGGGCUCUAUCUUAGAAAUGGCAAACAUGUUUGUUUUGUAUUGGUUAGACCAACGGAUUGUGAAGUAUUGUACAAUAAUAAAAUUAUUCCUGGCCCAAUUACCAGGCUCGAGCCCUGCUUAGCUUCCAAGGUCACACAAUAUUGAGCACUCAAAGGAUGACAUCAUCGACUGUGAACCUAGCGAUCUAAAUUCAAUUCCUGGCCACGGCUAAUAGGAGUGGCGAGUGAUAUCUGAACCAGUCCUGCCCCCCCACCUGCCCCCCCCCUCUCACCUUUCACCAGCCCCCACUAACAAAGUGUGACGAAGUAUGGUCAAACAACAAAUAAGACCAAAACGGCAUGGGCCCUCAUCCAGUAGUUUAAUUAACAAAGCUUUGGCUGCUCACGCGGCGGUGUUUUAAUUAAAAGUACGACAAGUGGACGGUGGUAACCCGUGACGUGUGUCCGCUGGCCACGUGCUGCUACGGUAAUAGCCCUCGUGCGCAGCGGCUCCCGCUGAAAUUAACUCGCGCCACCGCUGCGUUUGGUUGUGAUUGGCCCUCACCCGCCACGGGGCUUGUGACAAUGACGUCACAGGAGGGGGGCGGUCACGUGCAAGAAAAUGGCAACAACGGCGAGCUCGUUUGCCCGCGACUGCCACGCGACUAGACCUCCUCCUCCCCCUUCCAUGGAAAACUAAAAAAACACCCGGUGUUCGGAAGAAACAAAACCACACUCCACAUGCUACUCUGCGAAUGGCCUCCCGAGCCUGCUGCUAAUGCUGCCCUGGUUUCGAAGGGGGGGGGGGGGGAUGCCACUUAAGAGGGGAGGGAUGUGAGACUGAGCUGGCUGUGAGAGGUGCGACUCCGGAACACCUGAGGGACUUCGCGCUGUGCAGUAAUUACGCGGCGUGGACACGUCUAAAGAGCUAUGCGCUCCGGGGGGGAUUUGAGUAACCCGUUAUCACGAUCGUGCGUACACCAUUGUGGCCAAGCAAUGAGAAUUCUAAUGCUGUAACCGUGUACGGGUGACAGCCAUUUUCCCAGUUCACUGCUGGAUGAGUGCCUCCCCAAAGCAAUGUUGGUCAUGUGGGUUAUUUGGCCAUACUUCACCAAGAUGAUCAGUGCAUGUUUGGUGAAUUAAAGGUCCAAGACUGGUCCUGAUAUCACUCGCCACCACUGAUGUUAGCCGUGGCUAGGAAUUGAACUCGGCUUGCCGGGUGUAUAGCGGAUCGCGCUAUAGACUACGCCACAGCUCCACCCCAGCACUCUAAUAUAGGCCUUUGUAGUAUCAGUAAGAGCUCAUGCACACAACAUUGACUAAACCGGCAGGAAAUGCAAGAUAAAUUGUCCAUGCCCAGGGGACGCCGCACUGACUCCAGAGGCAUGCCCGUUACGCACAUUCCUGAUAUAUUUUUAACAUUUUCAAUAUCUAUAUAUGCAUCUAACACACGCAGAUAUGGUUUGGAAUUUUCAGUAAAGCCUAUUUUUGUUUGCUGGCAACUCGAGCAUCCUGGCUGCUUGGUAUUCACAGGCCACUUCCUACUCAGACACAAUAGCCGAGAUGCACCUGCUCAGCCUCGGAGUUCAGUAUUCUGCACCAUAUGUCUUAAUUUAGUGCCUCAAGCUUCAACGCCCAAUGGCGUGCGGAGAAAAUCAAUGCGAUAGCUCUCUGUGUUUUGGCGUUGAACCGCACGUCACUCGGCAUGGUGUCCGACGUUUCGCUCCAUGUGAUAUGAGCUUCUUUAGGAACACUGGAGAGCUAUACAGUACAACCAGAACCGCAGAUACCCGAUGCAUCCCCCCCCCCCCGUGUCAUAUCAGUGGGGGUGAUCCAUUCCCGUGGCAGGCUCGAUACGUCGGCACGCAUCUGCACACGGACUUUGCGUAUCACCAUUAAUUAUAGAGCAAGUAAAUUUGUACAGCUGCGAUAUGUGAAACUGUCUUGUUUUUUUUAUCGUUCCUCUUGAAUAACAAUAAGUUGCGCGGUUGCACUAAAACCCAGGGCUUGAGAUUUUACAGAGAUGGAAUUAAUUGCUUUGAGCCGUAGGUCACCAUACAAGGUCCAUUCCAGUGGCAUUUCACUUCAGAUGCUUGCAGCAGUCUUACAGGAGGCUGGUACCCCGAGCAUUAUGCAGCUGGUGAAAGCUAUUGAGGAGUUAUUUAAAGUACUUCAAAAUGCCUGGCAAAUAAAGCGCUGUUUUCUUAUUUGCAAACUCAUGUUAAGAGUGCAAGUAUGCAUUCGCACAGUUAGUGCGGCCCCUCUCUCGAUAUCACGUUUCUCUUUCAGAUCAGGUGUUUUGUAAUGGAACGAGGGUAAGGGUUUGCAUUCCUUUAUUAAGCAACCAUUUUUCGGUGUAUUUUUAGCUUCUAUUUCUGGAAUUCAGUUUCAUGCAAAGACAAAGCCGCACAUUCUUAAUGAAAUUUUCACGGCUAAUUUCCAGCGUCUGCAUCUAUCACGUGCAAACAAGCAUUGCCGUGUGCGUAAUGUCCUUAUUAAUGUUGCCAACCUUGUAUUUGUUCUCCAUGCUGAAAUUCUUCUCAUAAAUAUGUUUUUUUUAUAUAAAUAAAUGUAGCAUAAUUACCCACGGCUCCGAGAGCUGCCUGACAAAUCAGCGCAGGCUGCGCAGAGUGCCAAAAGAACACGCUGGCACGUAUCUUGCCAAACUCCAGCUCGCGGAAUUAAUAUGACUCAACUCAUAUUCUUGGUUCUUUCGGUAAAGUCACGUAGAAGGGAAA